GCAGAUGCCGCCUCCCUACAGGUUUCCUCAGCCCCCCGAGACGCUGCCUCCCUACAGGUUGCCUCAGCCCCGAUCUCCGCCGCAGCCCGCGACCGGGAUGCCCUUGCUGAAGGCCCCACGGCCCUCGCCAAGCCCGGGGAGGCGACCCCCCGCCGGACCCACCCAGUCCCCGCCGCUGCCAUCGGGCCCCAGGGCGCUGUCCCCCCGCGACCUGCCCCCAUCCCGCUCCUUGCCGCUGCUGUCCGCCCCGGAGGUGCUGCCCCUGUCCCGGUCCCUGCAGGCACUCCCUGCCAGCCCCUCCUCAUCGCCACUGCUUUUACCGGGCCCCGAGGCGCUCGCUUCCACCAGGCUGCCCCCAUCGCAGUCCAGGUCCCUGCAGCAGCUCCCCACCAGGCCAUCCCCAGACUUGCCGAGGGGAUCCAGGGGGCUGGCCCCCCAGGGAUCAACCCAGCCUCAAGUCCUGCGGCUGUACCCCUCUCAAAGCCUGACACUGCCGUCAGGUCCUGGGAUCCUGCCCCCCAGCAGGUCCCCCCCACCCCAAUCGCUGCCACAGUCCGCCACUCUCCCAUCCGCAUCCCGCUCCCUGCAGCCGCCCCUUGCCCGGUCACCCCCACGCCAGUCCCUGCUGCCAGCACAGGGCCCCGCAGUGCCCCCAGCCGCAGAGUGCCAGCCCCUAGCCCCGCUGCCCAUUUUCCGGAGCAUCAGGUGCCAGCUCGCCCUGUCGGAGGCGCAGGGCACGGCUCCCUCGCUGCACGACGACUGCGGGCGGCAGCCCCGCUCCCUGCUCCCCAAGAGCUCCCCUAGGAACGCCGCAAGCCGGGGGCCCCUGCUGCCGCUGGCACAGCGGGAGCACGCCUGGCUGGUGGCGAUGUCCGCGGGCCGCUGGGCUCAGCUGCGGGGGCUCUUCCUGGAAGAGCCCGAGCUGGCCCUGCACAGGGACUUCAUCUCAGGCUUCACGGUGCUGCACUGGCUGGCCAAGCACGGCGACGGGCCGGGCCUGCAGGAGCUGGCGGCGGCGGCGCGGCAGGCAGGGCUGGCCCUGGACGUGGACGCCCGCUCGGGCUGCGGGUACACGCCGCUGCACCUGGCUGCCAUACACGGCCACCAGCUUGUCAUCAAGGUGCUGGUGCUGCAGCUCGGCUGCCAGGUGCAGGUGCGGGACGGCAGCGGGCGCCGGCCCUGGGAGUACCUGGGCAGCUCCACCUCGGGGGAGAUCUGGCAGCUCCUGGAGGCCCCCCGUGGCACAAUCAUGUUCCCCACGCAGCCCCUGGCCCGCAGCGUCUCCUCUGCCAGCAAGGUCUCGCCGUCCACCGGCAGGGCAGGGAAAGAGUUCAAUAAACCAAAGCAGCGUCCUGCCAACGAUCAUUCCUCUCUGAGACAACACCACAAACUUGAACUCGUAAGAAAUUCAGCUGUGAAGUGGCCUCUGAGCCACUGGCAUGAGACCAUGGAAGGUCCCCCCCACCCCCAGCAGGAGGAAUCCUGUGUAUCCCCCUUCCCCUUCAAUCCAGCUGGGGUUUAUAGUCUCCCCAAUUAA